AUGCAGUCCUACGAAGGAUCACCUCAGGAUGAAGGCUACAGCGAAGACCCGCUCACCGUCGCAAACUCGGGCUCGCUGCCUUCUUGGGUACAAAAUAUGACGGCGCCUGAAAGAUUAGAAUAUGUAAUGGCUAUAAUCUCCCAUCUACCGACCUCGCAGGUUGCGGAAAUCGUUGCUCGUGUACGGCCGCGCCUCUAUAUCAAUUUUUUCAAACAUCUACCGCAGGAGAUCUGCCUCAAGGUCCUCGGCUUCCUCGAUCCCAAUUCCCUGAUCAAUACUGCCCGCGCCUCGCGAGAAUGGAUGGGCCUGGCUCUGGACCGGAAGCUAUGGCAGCACCUUUACAUGCUAGAGGGAUUUAAGGUUAUUCAAUCUGAAGUCGAACAGUUCGAGACCUCUCUCAACGCAAAUUUGUCGGGUGUAGACCGCCCAGGACCCGGUGGUCGGAAGGGCGACGGGCAUGCGAGCAAGAAACGGGCGACCCCCCAGCGCGUACUUCCUGGCCUCCAAAAUGAUGAAGACUCCGAGAUGUUUGAUGUUGAUGCCGUUUCGGGCCAACAGACGUCCAUCUUCGGGGGGGCAAUGACCAAGGAACCUUUGUCUACCCACCAAGAUGCGGGUGUCCAGAUGCACUCACCCUCAUCACCACGAAUCGCACAAUUUGAGAGUAUUUUAGUAGAUGAUCUACCAAGUAAACAAAUCAACCACGCCCUGCCCGAAUCAACUUCUGCCCCCAUCGCCAGUGCCUCCUCACUGGUAGUAGUAGACCAGAGCGACAAUCGCAAGAGACUAAAUUGGCAGUACUUGUACUCGCAGAGAAGAAGAUUAGAAGCGAACUGGGAGGCGGAGAAAUACACCAAUUUCCAAUUACCGCAUCCAGACUUCCCCGAGGAGGCACACGAGGAGUGUAUCUACACCAUUCAACACUCUGGGAGGUAUCUAGUCAGUGGUAGCCGGGACAGGACUUUACGAAUAUGGAACCUGGAUACGCGGAGGCUUGUACGACCACCAUUGUGCAAUCAUCAAGGCUCGGUGCUAUGUCUACAGUUUGAUGCUGAUCCAGAAGAGGAUAUCAUUGUCUCCGGGAGCAGUGAUGCUACGAUUGUGAUCUGGAAAUUUUCCACCGGGGGAAUAGUCCAACGACUGCGGAAAGCGCAUCGUGAAUCAGUACUAAAUGUCAGGUUCGAUAAACGAGUCCUGGUCACCUGUUCGAAAGACAAGACAAUCAAGGUCUUCAACCGACGGCCACUAAACGCGGGGGAUCCAGGCUAUCCAGUAUUCCAGGGGGUCCACCCUGUGCCCACAUACCUCGACAAUUAUGGCUUCAACCCUUCACCGACAGCUGGCCUACCUAUCAAGCCAGCCUUCUCGAUGAUUGGCUGUCUAGAAGGACAUGGAGCCGCUGUGAACGCCGUGCAGAUCUGGGGUGAUGAAGUUGUAUCCGCUUCUGGUGAUCGCACUGUUAAAAUCUGGAACUGGACAGACGGAACAUGCAUCCGAACUUUGCUGGGACACCAAAAGGGUAUUGCCUGUGUUCAAUACGACGGGCGGCGCAUUGUCAGUGGAAGCAGCGACAACGAAGUCAAGGUCUUUGACAGCAAGUCAGGACUGGAGGUCGCCAGCCUUAGAGCUCACUCAAACCUUGUACGGACGGUCCAAGCAGGAUUCGGCGAUUCGCCAUACAGCGUCGAGGAAGACAGAGAUGCUGCCAAGGCCAUCGAUAACGAGUAUUUCAGGGCAGUGGACUCGGGAGAAGUCUCUCGGGCCGCUCUCUUGCAAAGAGGUCGACUUAAGAAUGCCGGAUCUAAAAGACCAACGGAUAUUACGGCAUACGGUGCAAAAGUCCCUCCGGGAGGUGGCGGUGGUAAAUUUGGCCGUAUCGUCUCUGGCUCUUACGAUGAAACUAUCAUCAUCUGGCGGAGAGACAAAGAGGGAGUCUGGAAGGCACAGCAUACUCUUAGGCAAGAACAAGCUGCUCUUGUAGCGUCAAGACCUACUGUUCCUGCUGUUCCUGAGAACACGAGCGAGACGGACAGCACAGUUGUUCAACCCUCUCAAAGUCCCGUGCCACCCGCCACAAUACCACAACCAGUCGCCGAUGCUCCAAGCCUGCCCUUUGCCCCUGGGUCCGACCAGUACUACCACCACUUAAUCUCUAUCACCGUGCCUCAAGGCAGAGUCGCUCUCCGCCGAAUUCUCCAGCAACACCCACGGAUGCUGGAUUACGAGCAACUCCAUAUUGCCAUCGCGGCACUAAACGAGAGUCCGGAGCAGAUUGAUCGUAUGCGACUUAUCGUCGAAAACGCGCUCAUAGCGCGGCAGCAUGGCCAGAACUCGGCAGCCUCCCAAGCCGGUCCCUCGUCUGCCCAAGCCGGUCCUGCGUCUACCCAAGCCGAUUCUUCGUCUACCCAAGCCGUUCCCUCAUCCUCCCAAUCCAGCCAAUCCUUCCAAUCCCAAGCCGUAGCUGUCGCCUCAACCUCCCAAGGCGCCUCCAUAGGCCACGCCAUCAACGCUCUGGCCCAGCAAUGGCAGCCCUCGCGGCCUCCUACUCCCGCCGGCAUCCCAACCUCCUCCUCUACAGUCCUUCCUACUCCUCACGCCACUCCAGUGCCCGCGCCCCACCAACACCACGCACACCACCUGCCGGCGAACAUGGCGCGCGUAUUCAAGCUGCAGUUCGACGCUCGGAGGAUCAUCUGCUGUAGCCAGACUAGCACAAUUGUCGGAUGGGAUUUUGCGAACGGAGACGAACAGAUUAUAGAGGCGAGUCGAUUCUUUGCGCCGAUUGAGUGA